AUGAAGCCCGUGGCUGCCCACAGCCGAGCGGCGAGGGCGCCGUUGGCGACUUUGGCGGGCCGGCUGGUCGGCCCCGAAGCCCUCCCAAGGGGCCCUGGGCAGGCAAUGAUCGCCGGAAGGGAUUGGGAUCGUCCUCGGCUUGGGCGCACAGUGCGGGGUGUUGCUACGAGGAGGGCCACUGCAACUGAAGGUUCGACCACCAAGGAGGGAGAGUACAACGGGCCCGAGCCAAAGCGCUUUGCCAUUGCUGAAGGUAACCGCGUUGCUGUCCUGACGGCCGCUGUGACCACCAUCAUGCGGUUUGGCAGUGGAGCACUCACAAAAGGGUACAAGGCCUCCAUUGACAAGACGCCAGAAGGCUUUUCGGGCUACGCCUUUGUCAGCGGCAACGGGAGGCAGGUCAAUGAAAGCAGUAAGGUCGCAGAAUUUCCGAGGCCGAACCAGCCACUGGAGAUCUACGAAUUCGAGGGCUGCCCUUUCUGCCGCAAGGCCCGCGAGGCCGUCAGCAUCCUCGACCUCGACGUGCUCUUCUAUCCCUGUCCCAAGGGCGGCACCACUUAUCGCCCGAAGGCAGUGGAACUGGGCGGCAAGGCGCAGUUUCCCUACUUGGUUGACCCCAACACCGGGGUGUCCAUGUACGAGUCGGAUGACAUCAUCAAGUACCUGUUCGACACGUACGGUGACGGCGAGGUGCCGUUUCUGCUGUCGCCGUCCUUCCUCACUGCCGUCUCCUGCGGAUUGGCAAUGUUGCCCCGGGCCGGCAAGGGGACGACCUUUGCCGGCGGUAAGGCGGCAGUGAAGCCAAUCGUGUACUGGGGCUACGAGGGGAGCCCAUUCUGCAAGAUCGUCCGGGAGACACUGGUGGAGCUGGAAAUUCCACACCUACAGAAGUCCUGCGCCCGAGGAAGCCCCAAGCGACAGGAGCUGUACAAAUAUAUGGGUUUGUUCCAAGUGCCCUUCAUCGAGGAUCCAAACACCGGGGUGUCCAUGUUCGAGAGCGCGGAAAUAAUCAAGUACCUCAGGGAGACGUACGGCGCCCAGGCGUAG